GCUAGGGUUCCAGUCUCCAAUCCCCCAAAGCCUCCGCUUCCCCCUCCUCCGCCGCCGCCGCGCCGCACGUAGGGAACCAGCGACCCGCGGGCAUGGGCGUGUACACCUUCGUGUGCCGGAACACCGGCGGCGAGUGGACGGCCAAGCAGCACUCCGGGGAGAUCGAGGCCUCCGCCGCCACCCCCUACGAGCUGCAGCGCCGCCUCGUCGCCGCCGCCUCCGCGGCCGACUCCGCCGCCGGCGUCCAGUCCUCCUUCUCCAUGGUCUCCCCCAGCUCCGCGGUCUUCCAGGUGAUUGUUGGUGCCGUCGGUGGUGGUGCAAUGAUAGUCAGUGGAGGUGCUGCUGGUGGUGGUGCUGCUGCAUCAGGUGGUGCUGCGGCUGAGGCCCCCAAGGAGGAAAAGGUAGAGGAGAAGGAAGAGAGCGAUGACGACAUGGGAUUCUCCCUGUUCGACUAAAUCAUAUUUUACGCUCUUAAGCUGUAUGGUCCUAUUGCGGUAGUUUUGCUGUCCUGUCGGCACGAGCCAGAUGCUUUUGAACCUGCCGAAGUUUGUUAAGAAAACUCGUGUUAUUAAUUGUUACAAGUGACGCAUGUGUUACCAGUUUAUGUGAGGAUUUGGUUAUGUUGUUUAGAAUGAAAUAUCCUGCCGAUUUUCUUGCCA